GUCACAAUGUGUCAAAAUCAGUUGGCAAUCGGUGUCGCUGUACUUUCUAUUUCAAUAUGCAUAUUCGGGUUUUUAUUUAAUUUUAAUAGUAUUUUUAAAUAACUUGUAGGACUCAAUACAUAGCUCCAAUAUGCGGGUACAUGUACUAUUGUUUUUGUCAUUUUCAUUGGGUGUAUAUGGUUGGGACGACGGAGAUUUAGAAGUAUUUGACGUGGUAGAAGAAGUCAAUUCGAAUUUUUACGAAUUAUUAGGAGUUAAGCAGGAUGCAUCACAAUCAGAAAUUAAGAGAGCCUUCAAGCAACUCACAUUAAAGCUCCAUCCUGACAAAAAUGACGCACCUGAUGCUGACGUGCAGUUUAGGAACCUAGUAUCAGUUCAUAAUAUUCUGAAGGAUCCAGGAAAACGAGAAAAGUAUAAUGAGGUGCUCAAGAAUGGUCUGCCUAAUUGGCGAUCUGCGGUGUAUUAUUACCGUCAUGUCAGAAAAAUGGGAUUGUUGGAGGGAGCUAUCAUCUUGUUUAUAAUUAUCAGUUUUGGACAGUAUGCCGUAGGAUGGGCAGCGUAUUUGGAGAAGAGAUACACAGCUGAACAAAUAUUGAGUUCGAGAGGCAAAAAACAAUCAAAGAAGUCAGGUUUUGAUACAGGGUUGGUGGAGAUCCUACAUCAUUUACCAAAACCUAGCAUUAAAGAUACAUUGCCGUUCCAAAUACCACGAGGCGUGUGGUGGACAAUCACAAGUAUACCAUAUGCCAUAAUGGAAUUAAAAAAGAGAAGGAAAGAGAUGCAGGAAGAAAAGAUCAGGCAGAAGAAGAAAGAGGAGGAUGAUCGGGUGAGGGCGGAGCGCGAGGCGGUGGCGGCGGAGGAGCGCGCCGCGGCUGGAGCCCGACGUCGGCGGGCCUUUGUACCACCUGCUAGAGACUGCUUGUUGGACAGUGCCCCUGGACCGGAGCCCCAGAAGGAAACCGCCGCUGUUACUCCGGCUCCUCCCGUAAUUUCUGGUGGUUUGUGGACCGACGACGACCUGGCGGAAUUGGUUCGCCUGAUCAAGAAGUAUCCGCCGGGAGCGUCGGAGCGCUGGGAAAGAAUAGCGGAGGCCAUGGGUCGCAGCGUUCCUGAGGUCACGCAUAUGGCCGCGAAGGUCAAGGAGAACUGCUAUAAGAUACCUGGACAGGAGACGGCGGAGGAAGUGCCAGAACCACCUAAGAAGGUGAAGACUCGUCAGACGGAGGAGUCUUCCGGGGGUAACUGGUCGCAGGUUCAACAGAAGGCUUUGGAGACGGCGCUCGCUAAACAUCCUAAGGGCACAGCUGGCGAUCGCUGGCAGAAGAUCGCCGCUGCCGUGCCAGGGAAAACUAAGGAGGAAUGCAUGCAAAGGUGUAAAUAUUUAUCAGAGAUGCUGAGGAAACAGAAACAAAAGGAGGAACAGAAGGAUAAAGAGGCUGUGACAGAAGAUGAGGUGGCCACGUGACGGAGUGUUGGAUGAGAUAGUGACUUUGGACAAAGAAUAUCAUAGCCGAAUCAAAUAAUAAAAAUACCAAAAAUAUAUAUAAUUUGGUGCUUUUUAAUAUUAUCUCAAUCGUCACAUGUAUAUCUGUACCGAACCAGUGAACCCGUCUCCCUUAUUGAUUUUAACCUACUUUUUUUUGUUACCCGGUUGCAUUUAUUUUAAUUUUAUAUAAUAUUUAUAAAUGUAUUUAUUUAUAUAAAUAAAGUAAUAUUAGUAUUGGAUUAUAAAUAAAAAUUGUUGGGAAUGUGUGAUUA